AUGACGGGGGAGCAGUGUGCAAUAGAAGUGGUCGCUCGAAGUAUUACUGGUACUAUUCGUAUCCGACCAUUAUUCGUCAAUAUUGGUGGUGUUUAUCGAUUGAAUGUUAAUUUGAGGUUGUGUUAUGUGGUUUAUCCCGCUGCUGCUCUCAGUGAAAUAUACCGCGGUGUUAGCAUGAAUGACGCAAGAACUUUUCAUUUACAAUUUAGUUGAGGAAGCGGGUAAAAGUUUUUACAAUUUUUAUGGGACUUCAGAGGAUGCAGAGAUUUCAAAUAUC